UAGCCUCAAGGAUCUCCAGCGCCUCUACCCCAACAGAAUGAAAUACGCACAAUAUGUUUUCCUGGCAUCGAUCUUCUCCACUGUUGAAUAUAGCCUAGCUCAGACCUGCGCAGUGGAGUCUUUCUCUGUGAAAGACAAUUUUGAUCCAAAAAGGUAUGCGGGGAAGUGGUAUGCCCUGGCCAAAAAAGAUCCAGAAGGCCUUUUCCUUCAGGACAAUAUCUCUGCUGAAUACACCGUUGAGGAGGACGGCACAAUGACAGCGUCUUCCAAAGGCCGAGUGAAGCUUUUUGGGUUCUGGGUGAUCUGUGCUGACAUGGCUGCUCAAUACACAGUCCCACGUCCACCUUUGGCUUGUUUUGUCCAUCACGACAAACACAAAUGCUCUGACGUUUCAGGGGACAACUACUGGGUGAUUGACACCGACUAUGAUAACUAUGCCAUUACCUAUGCCUGCCGCAGCCUGAAAGAGGACGGCUCCUGUGAUGAUGGCUACUCCCUGAUCUUCUCACGCAACCCCCGUGGCCUCCCCCCAGCCAUUCAACGCAUUGUGCGUCAGAAGCAGGAAGAAAUCUGCAUGUCCGGCCAGUUCCAGCCUGUUCUUCAGUCAGGUACUUUGAGUUAAUUAACAAGCUCUCAGAAAUGGUUGCACUGGCAGCUUGCAGAGUAGGUGAUUGCAUUUGCUCUAAAUGCAGCAGAAUUGCAGCAAAUUGACUUGCAUUCUUUCAGCAAUGGAUUUUUAAAGUCACAUCUACUAAGAAAGUGGCUGCAAAAGCAAAGUCCAUGGAAGGAAGAGCCCAUUACAGCAUGGUUCUGCAGCCUUAAUUUUCCCCGUAUAGCACUGUGCGUGCUGAAGCAGGCACACUACGGAGCGGAGAGCAUGUCUUCUCUUUCCUAAUAAAUACACACGCAAGGGCUUGGGGAGAUGUAACAAUGUGGUGUUUCUGAGCUUGGAAAUGCAUG